UGUACAGCUGCGUUCAUCGGCGGUGGGACUCAUCUGCUUGAGACGCCCGCGUUCGCUCAGUACGUCCGCAUCCUGCUCCUGGAGAAUCGUCCAGAAUUUGGGCUCCGCUUCGACAUCUUGGGAUGCGCACAUGAAGAUGAGACGACCUGCGCCAGAAAGUUCAACAGCGUCCGCUUCACCGAUUCGAUGACCUUCUGCUGUCCACCGGGCUGUGACAAAGAGGAACACUUUGUCUUUGGAUUGAUGGUCUACUCCGCGGACUCGCACAUCUGCGCGGCCGCCAUUCACGCCGGCGUCAUCCGGAACGACAUCGGAGGAGAUUGUAUUGUGAUGAGAGCUCCCAAACAGCAAGUCUACACGGGCUCCACCAAGAACGGGAUCACCUCCAGAGAUUUGAACGACCCACUGGGUGUGUCUCACACGUUUGCGGACGGGGAGCCCAGAUGCGCGGCACCUGACUGGGAGGAGUUUGCCGGGUUCUGCUACAAAACAUUUGAGGCCAAAAAGAACUGGGCUGAUGCGCAACAGGUGUGUCGUGGUUUCGGUGCCGAACUGGUGUCCAUCCGCAGCGAGAUGGAGCAGGCGUCAGGGAAAAAUGUCUCCAACCUUGAAACCAGCGACAUGUGGACCGGACUGAACGACCUGGCGCUUCCCGGCACGUUGGUGUGGUCGGACCGCCAACAGGUGACCUUCACCCACUGGGCCGCGGGAGAACCCAUCCAGCGCGUCGGCCUAGACCAACACUGCGUGGCUGUGUUACGGCAGACUGGAAGAUGGAAGCUAAUGUCCUGCGCCCAAGUCAACAGCUUCAUGUGCGAAAAACCCACAGCGCAUUUUCCAAUUACCUCACCGGAGCCACAGGUGGCGCCGUAGAGUCCACCUGGCUGUGUCAGUUCCCAACGGCCCAAGAGCCCAUGGAGAAAAUUGACAAUGCAAGCAAGUCAUCAUCGAAGACGGAGAAUUUAAUGCUCUUCUGACUCUGCUCGAAAUAAAUAGCAUCACCAUUGUAACAAAACCAUAAAAAGACUGAAUGCGAUGCGCGAUUGACAACAAACAAGAAGAAAGGUGAUUUCAAGUUUUAUUUCGAGGGAGGUUUGUCAUGUCUCGUCCCCAGUUUUGCUAUGUGUCUAGGUUGCCAUAGUUUCUGUUCGCGUCGCCACUCUCUUCCUGUGUCACCUCAAUCGAUGUAACGUGUUUUGUAUUUAAGUCCUGUCUGCCCCUCGCUCACCGUCGGAUCAUUGCAUGUGUUACUGUCAUUCUGUUCCUGUCUUUGGUAAUGUCACCCUGUCUUUUUGUUCCACGACUUUGUCGGUCAGUCCUGUUGUUGGUUUUGUUGUACCAUGACUUUAUUUAAAAAAAAAAAAAAAAAAAUUUGUACCCAUGUAUAAUGCGCACCCCAGAUUUUAGGACAAUAAAUUAGUUAAAUUUUGCGCACUAUACACGGAAAAAAACGGUAGCUGUUAUCAACCAACGAGAUAGAAUGUGAACAAGCGUGCUAUGUUCACUUACACUCGACUCUACUUGGUUUGUCCUUUUCUCUUUUUUUUGCGUGCUUGACUUAACUUUGACUGCCUUUUCGUAAAGUUACUGACGCAAAGAGCAAAACACAUUGUACAGAAAUUCCAGUGCUUUCAAAGAGCCCAAUCGUCUCGAGGCUGGAAUGAAAGUCCAAAGUCGGUUAUUGCUAUCUUUCAUGGUUUUGUUUUUAUUCGUGUCCUGUUGUCUUGUCCUCAUCGCCUUUAAAAAGCGAGCCCGGGACUUGGGAGUUUUUUGUUCGAAAGAAAAGCUUCUAUAGAAUGUAUGAUUAGAAAUAAAGAAUUUUGAAUCACUAGAGAGCUAUGUUACUGAUGUUUGCGACUGUAGAAAUGUAACUGGAAGAAGAGUAAUCCAGUAUUUUCCAUCAUUUCCUAUGGUCUGUUACCGCAUCUACAUCUCACUGUCAAUUUACAUCCAGUUAUUGCAUUUUUGAUUACUGAUUGGAGUUUUUGACUCGAUCACCGCUGCCAGAAAAGUGUUCUCUUCAUGUCGAUGUAUAUCCAGUCAUGGAUUACAUUUUUUGAUCACUGACUGCAGUAUUUUAAUCAAUUACUGCUGUCAGAAAAUAUUGUGUUUUCACUGUUGUUGUAAACAUUUCAAAAUAAAAGCAAUUGAUUAUGA